AUGCGGUGGAAAAAGUUACUAUGGUGCCGUUCUAUGUUGUGCCUGGAGUUCGGAUGGGAAAUACAUUUUGUCAGGUGGAGAAGAUGUUCUACAUUUCCAGUUAUAUCUAAAGAUGAAUCUGUCAAAACCUCUAAAACUGCUAUUGAUGUACAAAACUUCUCACGUCUACAAAAGGAAUUAAUACUUGCAACAAUUGACAUAAAUGAAGAUGUUAUAGACUAUGCACUGAAGAAGAGGGAUGUGAAACUUGUGCCAUGUGGACUAGAUUUUGGACGCCCAAGGUUUGUUCGAUUUAGAGAACGUAGAUUUCAUCGAUCUUUGGAAAAGACAAGACGUUUCUACCCUCAUGUCCAUAACAUGGAUGGUUUUUUUGUUGCAAAGUCGAAGAAAAUGAGUAAUUCAAAGGGAGUUUCUGCAGCUUUUGAAUACUAG